GAAAGCGUCUUUGAGAUGAGAUGAGAUACGACAUCGUUUCUCUGCACCAUUAGACACUGCCCAAACAAAUCUUCAUCUCUUCUCUCUCCGUCUCUCUCAACUCUCAUCGAGUCAUUUGUUGGCACUCUUCACUGUAAUUGAAGAAAUGCUUCUUCCUCUUGUGCAAACCACCUUAACAUCAUCGCCUUUCCAAUCCCCAAGCUUCAAGAUUCUUCAUCCGGCCACUGUGCUGCCCAAAUCUCUCUUUCUUGGUCUUGGAAUUGAACCCACAAAUGCCCUCAAAAGAUUACUCUUUUUUAGCAGAAGAUCACAUUAUACUAAAUCCAGAAACCCCAAGCUCACUAUCCAUGCUUCUUUGCUUGAAGCUCCAGUCCUUUGGGCUGGUAGGCUUUGCAUCUUCUACGCACUCUUGAAGACUGGUUUAGCUGGAUCUCAAGCUAACCCACUUGUCUCAGAUUUGGGAAGCAUUGAAGAAGGUGAUGGGGUUGGGAUUGAAUCUGCUGAUUUGGGGUUUUCUAGGUGGUUGAACAGCAUACAGGGGAAACCAGUGAAAGAAGCAGCUGAUAGAAGGAAAUUAGUGAGCAAAUGGCAUCCUACCACAAAGGGCACACUCAGAAGGAACUACAGGGUACCCUCUAAAUCUGAAGGGCGGCGUGCUCUGAAAGCCAUUGCCUCCUUAUUGUCAGAGGACGAUCACUUUGUAGAUGCCACCUCCCACAAGGGUUGCCAGAUUAGGAGGGAGAGCGCUCACGGAGAAACUGUCUGUUGCAACAACGUAAGGGCUCUGUUCGAUGAGCUCCCAACUCCACAUCUAGUUGUGGAAAUCACUCCUUUUCCUGCUGGUUCUCUUACAGAAACGGAUUACACUAAAGCCGAGAAAUUAGAGAGGGUCCUAAGGUCUGGUCCUUCUGUUUGAGUAAUCUUGUACUUUUUGUGCUUUGACUUGUGUAUUCAGUAUCAACUUUGUACAUAGUAAUUUCAUGAAAGGAAGCUUGUUUUCUUCCAAUGCUCCUGGCAUUUAAACUAUC